AAAUGUGUGUGUGACAACGGCGAAAAACGCGCGACGCAAAACCCAGGAAAAUAACUAAUAAAUUUAUGAAUCAACACUUAUCAAUUGGUCUUAUAUUAACCAAUAUCAUCACAAUACCUACCACAUUAUCAUCUCCAUAAAAAAAUCACAAUAAAAUCGUUGACUCAGUGAUGAACAGACUGAUAAAGUGUUUUUGAGGUUACGUUACUGUUAAACACAAAAAAUGAACUUCUUUAACCCCGCAACGACCCAAUCAUCCACUCCAGGAACCACUACUACAGGUUUCGCAGUGGGAAUGCCUGCAGGUGGUGAUGCCAGUAAAACUCUUUCCACAUCGUUCUCCCUACCAGGAGCCCAACCCCAGGCAAAACCUGGGGGAUUUUUCAGUGGUGGGCUGACUAGUACACCGGCUCCAACCUUUGGAGGAGCUCCAGCAGCCGCAGUUACUACUCCAGCUGCCCCAGCGGCAACCCCUGGCUUCAGUUUCGGUGCUACAUCGACGUCAAGUACUGGACUCUCUUUUGCUCCAAAGGCUACUGCAGCCCCGGUCUCUACAGGAUUCAGUCUAGGGGCUCCGACCGCCAGCACAACAGCCUCGGCUCAACCCCUGACCUUCGGGGCAGUUUCAACAGCAGCCCCAGCAACCACAGGCUUCACUCUUGGUGGAAGUACGCCAGCGUCAGGUGGGCUUAGCUUUGGACUUGGUGCCUCGAUCCCCGCAGCAGCUCCAACAACCACAGGCCUAACCUUGGGUACUCCCGCAUCAAGUGCAGCGCCAGGAUUCAGUUUCACAGCCACCACGAGUGCCCCAACUUCCUCAACGUCAUUCUCUCUGGGCACGACAACCCCUGCCACAACUUCUUCACUCGGAUUCAGUCUCCCAGGAACUACCUCCACUACUAGUACUGGAUUCAGUCUAGGUGGUACUGCUCCCACAUUGGCUGGAGGAUUUUCUCUAGGAAAAACUACUGCUCCCACUAGCACUGCUGCUGUGACAAGCACCACUGCAUCUCAAGUCUCGUUGGGGAGUAUUACUACGGUCACAUCGUCAACAGGUGCCGCACAAACUGGAGGAAUGAACUUUUGUCAGCUCGAGGAGGCAAUAAACAAAUGGACCCUUGAGCUGGAAGAACAAGAGAAAGCCUUUGUCAAUCAGGCAACUCAAGUGAACUCCUGGGAUAGACUCCUCAUCGCCAAUGGUGAGAAGAUAGUUACUCUAAAUGAAGAAGUGGAACGAGUUAAACUGGAGCAACAGCAGUUGGAGCAGGAGUUGGAUUACGUCGUCGGCCAGCAAAAAGAACUUCAGGAUUGUCUUGACCCACUCCAGAAGGAACUGGCGUCGAUAUCCGUUUCCGACCCUGAGAGGGAGUAUACCUACAAUCUCACGGAGAAUCUGGACACUCAGCUGAAGCAGAUGUCCGAGGAUUUAAAGGAAAUUAUCGAGCAUCUGAAUGAGGCCAAUCGAGCACAGGACUCCAGUGAUCCAAUUGUCCAGAUUGGGAAAAUUCUCAAUGCUCAUAUGAACAGCCUUCAGUGGCUAGACCAAAGGACUGAGAUUUUGGGACAGAAGAUACAACAAAUCGAUCAGAUGCAUCAGAAUUACAGACAGGAGAACGAGCGAAGCUUCAGUCUCGCUUAUAACUGAUUUUCCUUUUAAUUGGUGAUAGUAUGUUUAAAUUACAUUUUCAGGAAUUGUUCUUAAUAAAAUGCUCUACAACUUUGAA